AUGGCUCGCACACGCACCAAAUCUUCUGCUGCAAUCCAAGAACCUCCCAUCCAAGCCAUUCUGAAUCAAGAACCUUCCCCAACAAUGGCUACUGAAGCUCCAUCCGCCCAGAACCUCACCAACAAUUAUGGCCAAACAUCAGCUUCCAAUCGAUUUUGUCCCCUAGAUAAUAUGGAUCGACCUACCCUUGAAGAUGCCGACAACAAUCCAUAUUUCUUGGGUACUGGAGAUCACCCGGGUCUCAUUCUUGCUUCACCUCCACUGACAGACAAGAAUUUCCAGCAAUGGCAUCGGGAUUUCAACAUCUCAAUCGGAGCCAAAAACAAAUCUGCUUUUCUCAAUGGCACCCUUCCUCGACCCCUUCCCACUGAUCCUUUCUUCAGUUCAUGGCAAAGAUGCAACCAAAUGAUCAUGUCUUGGAUUAUCCAUUCAGUUUCCCCAAAUUUAAAGAGUAGCAUCAAGUUCUUAGACACUGCAGCUGAAAUGUGGGCAGAACUCAAUAAUCUAUUCGAUCAAGGAAACAACCUAGAAUUUUUUAGCUACGGGAGACCAUCAUUCGUCUUCAUCAGGGUGAUUAUUCUGUCAGCUCUUACUUCACAAAAUUGA